CCGGCGAGCCUCGGGGGGCAAGGCCGGGGGAGAUCUGGGGAGCGGCGGCGGGGGCCGGGCCCGCAUCGACAAGAUGAGCCCGGAGGUGGUGGAUUCCAACCCGUACAGUCGCCUGAUGGCAUUGAAACAAAUGGGAAUUGUGAAGGAUUAUGAGAAAAUCCGAACCUUUUCUGUAGCAGUAGUAGGUGUUGGUGGAAUUGGUAGCGUAACUGCUGAAAUGCUAACGAGAUGUGGCAUUGGUAAGCUAUUACUAUUUGAUUAUGACAAAGUGGAACUGGCCAACAUGAACAGACUUUUCUUCCAGCCCCAUCAAGCAGGAUUAAGCAAAGUUCAAGCAGCAGAGCAUACUCUACGGAAUAUUAAUCCUGAUGUUCAUUUUGAAGUUUAUAAUUAUAAUAUCACUACAGUGGACAAUUUUCAACAUUUCAUGGAUAGAAUAAGUAAUGGUGGCUUGGAAAGUGGAAAACCUGUUGACCUAGUUCUGAGCUGUGUGGACAACUUUGAGGCUCGAAUGGCAAUUAAUACAGCUUGUAAUGAACUUGGGCAAACAUGGAUGGAAUCUGGGGUCAGUGAAAAUGCAGUAUCAGGGCACAUCCAACUUAUCAUUCCUGGAGAAUCUGCUUGUUUUGCGUGUGCUCCUCCACUGGUAGUUGCUGCAAAUAUUGAUGAAAAGACACUAAAAAGAGAAGGAGUUUGUGCAGCUAGUCUUCCCACUACUAUGGGAGUGGUUGCUGGAAUUCUUGUACAAAAUGUGUUAAAAUUUCUAUUAAAUUUUGGUACUGUGAGUUUUUACCUGGGUUAUAAUGCAAUGCAGGAUUUCUUUCCCACCAUGUCCAUGAAGCCAAAUCCUCAGUGUGAUGACAGAAACUGCAGGAAGCAACAAGAAGAAUAUCAGAAAAAAAUUGCAGCUCUACCCAAACAAGAGGUUGUUGAACGACAAGAAGAAGAAAUACUGCAUGAGGACAAUGAUUGGGGUAUCGAGUUGGUAUCUGAAAUUUCAGAAGAGGAGCUUAAAGAUGCUUCUGGUCCUGUUCCUGAUUUGCCUGAGGGAAUUACGGUAGCAUACACAGUUCCAAAAAAGGUAGAAGAUGCCCUGCCUGGCAGGGAAUCAGUGGAAGAUUCUGGGGAAAGUUUGGAAGAACUUAUGGCUAAGAUGAAGAAUAUGUAGCCUGGAGCUGGUUUGUUUCACCUUCUGCCUUCUGGGGAAAUGGAAUAAAUUAACUUUAAAAGAGCUGAAAAUGUCUGCAUCGCUAGUAAAAUGUAAGGUAGCAUUCUGUGAUAGGUAGUCUUUAUCGGUACCAUGUCGUCCUCUUUGAAUUAAGAACUUUGGUUUGAUUUCUUUUAUUCACUGGAAAAGUGCU